AGUUCAUUCUUGCGUAAUGAAAUAAGAAAACGUUUUUUCAAUAAUAUAAUUUUAUUUGAAGUGCAAUGAGAAAUAAUAAUGGUAAAUUUAGUUACACAAGUUGUCGCGUCAGCCUGUCACCUUACGGACAACUUUAGAAGUCUGCAUCGUUUCUUGUGUGCUCGUGCCUCUGACAGGUAUCAGCUGUUGCAGUAAACAAAGAGUCGCGCUGUGAAAUGGAUGCUGGUGCAAGUGCUGCGGAUAGUCGAUCGACAAGUCGCGAAAAUGUAUCCGAGAAAGAGAGUUUACACGUUGCCGAAGAGAAUGAGAACUGGUAUUACAUGCCUGAUUCUAUACUCCUGAGUAUUUUCCAGUAUCUCACACCUAGUGAACUGAUGACUGCUGGUAAGGUAUGCAGAUCCUGGAACAGAGUUUCACAAGAUGAGUUUCUAUGGAAAGACUUGUUUUACCAGACUUACAAAAUAGACCCUAAUGUUGGGAUUAUGCCAGGCAAAAAUUCUUGGCUUGGAGAAUUUAAAAGAUUGGCAUAUCAUACUCCUUUGUUGGAGACAGAGGUACUCAAGGAACACUCUCAUCAAGUGUUGCAUGUUAGCUUUUCGCAUAAUGGGAAAAUGUUUGCAACUUGUUCCAAGGAUGGAUAUAUAUUGGUGUGGGAUAGUCAAUAUCCCGUGACUAUUAAAUACCACCAUGACAUGAAGACAUUCAGCUGGAAGUACACACAGUUCUCUCAGUUUAAUUCAUCCGACACAUUACUUCUAGUGUCUGGUGUCCAUUUUGGUACUCCUCAUAGUACUUCAGGAGAAAUAGCUGUGUUUAGAGUAGCGCCCGGCUUCGAUCUUCAAUGCCGUGUCGUGAACAAGCCGUACGACAUAUUUGGCACGUGGUACAGUGAACGUCAUCUUCUUAGCGGUGAUCUACAUUGGCUUGCACACCUGGUCAGCACCAGUGUCCUGUGGCUGAAUAAGGCUAAUCAAGAAUCAGCCAGCGAGCACGUGCCUAUUAUGAAUCAACUGUAUCGGUUCUAUAACGGCAAUGCUUCCUCCAUAAGGGCAGUAAUGGUGGCUAAUUGUCUGUCGCCUGCUCCCACCGAAGCUGAGGAACCUCAGAGUCAACGUUCAACUUCCAAAGUUAGGGAGGAACGUGGGAAUCCAUUGAGUCACAGGGAUCUUUCAUCAGCAUCUUCUGCAAAUGCUCAACAGGCUCAAGAAAAACCUGAAGUUUUGCAUUACGCAUCGUCCAGAUUGCAGUACAGUACGUUAGAGGGUGGUUUUUUGAAUUGGAGAAGAUUGGGAGAUGGCUUUGAAUAUGCCAGUCCGAUACAAUACAAUGAAGAAUACAGGCAGGUAGAAAUGGAGAAGGAGACUGUAGACAGUGACAGUGAGAAUGAGAGUCCUCAGUGGGACGAAGAGAGUGAAUCUGGAGAGUCGUCUACUGCAGAGGAUUGUGAUUCUGAUGACUUAGCUGACAAUCCAGAGAAGUUUCUUAUAUUUACUACCGGUUCAAAAACUUAUACACCUCACCAAGUUGGAUUCAAAAGAAUCAAACCAGUGAAUUUCCCCAAGAGAUUAGACCCUGGACCUUCUUUGAGAGAGAGACUGGCGCAACGUGAACGAGAACGCGAAAGACAGAGUUCAGGUUCACCAAGACCUGAGCCUAAUUGGCUAGAUUAUGAUUCUGUUGUUGAUAAAUUUGACAAAGUUGAUCAUCUCAUUGACUUACAUGGUCAUAUAAUAGGAAUGGGACUGUCACCAGAUCAUAGAUAUCUCUAUGUUAACACAAGACCAUGGCCAAGAGGUUAUGUUAUAACAAACCCUCUACAACCACCACCUAUUGCCCAAGAAAUAGAUAUCCACGUUAUUGAUCUCGUGACUUUAAAACAAGUUGGAACAAUGUUAAGAGCCCACAAGGCAUACACUCCAAACAAUGAAUGUUUCUUCAUAUUCCUGGAUGUAUGCAAUGAAUAUGUGGCAAGUGGUGCUGAAGAUAAGCAUGGUUACCUGUGGGACCGACAUUACGGUGUGUGCUUGGCCAAGUUCCCACAUUGUGACGUGGUUAAUUCCGUGGCCUUUAACCCUCGUGACCCCGAAAUGCUCGUUACCACUAGUGACGACUAUACAGUUAAAGUAUGGCGUAGUAGAGCCAUGGUUAAAACACUUGGUUUGGACGAAAAUUCGUAUAGAAGAGGUAUGGAAGUCAGAAAGAGACGUGCUACAAGAGAGUUCAGUUCCAACAAAGUUCCAGCAUCCUUGUAACUAAUGAGAGAAACAAUCUUAUUUUAGGUGAUAAUACGGCAGAUUAUAAACUUUUGAUUGUGCUAGAAUCUGCCUACAUUUUAUUUUUUCGUAUUAUUAUUAUUAUUGGAUACUUACAACGUAAGUUUCUUUUUAUACAUAAGUUUUAUACACGAGUAUGAUAAGUUAGUACUCUUAGGUUUUCUAUCCGUUCUUACAUAUAUGUAAGAUAAAAUUUGGUUACGUGACAUCAUUCAAACACUAGUAAUUGGCGGCUUUCUUUCUUCUCUCUUUGUAUUUUAAAAAAUCAGCCGAGCGCAUUGCAUACGUACCGAUGUCUAAAGAUUUGAUAGUAAUGAUGAAUCAAUCGAUUCUGCACAACAGGGGAUGGAGGUUUUCUAAAUUUUGAAACUGGAUAAGGACACAAAAUUGUUAUGAUUAAAUACCACAUGAAUAUUAUGAAUUUCGGUAUCACUAAUCGAUUUGACUGCACUCUGGGAAAAUGGUCGUGCUGUGCAAUGAUUGUUAAGUUUUCUAAGCCUAUGAUUAUUUUUCAUAAAGUUUUAUCUCCCGUGGUAUAUACUUAUUUACCACCCUUUAGUUACUAUGAUGGUAUAUAAGUGCUAUACAUAUUUUUUUUAAUUAGAAACGUCAUCCUCCUAGAGUGAUAUCUAUUGCUGAUACAUGAUCCUUACAAUGGAAUUAUAUAUAUAUGGAGUGUUAAUGAUGUCUGGAUAUCUAUCAGUGUCUGAAUUCUUCCUGACAAAACAUUGUUAAAUCUUAGUUUUCUUUAGAAAAAAAUCCAGUACUUAAAAUUGAAGUGUGUUAAUGCACUUUAUGAAUUCUUAUGACUAUUAUAUCCUUGUAUUUGUUACUUAAACAUUGUUUUACUAUUUCUCAGUAGGAAUUCCUCAUCGCGAUGAUACCUGGAUGACGUGAUAUACUCUGUAUAUUUCAAUCACGUUUCGCAAUGUAGUUAACGUUUUGAUAAGAGUCUGUAAGACAGUCUAAUAGUAAUUAACUGUGUGUAUAAUUAUGAAAAAUUUCUAUUUAUUGGUUCUUUAAUUUUGCAUUCGGAGAUCAAUCUCGAAUGGCUAACGUUAUUGUACUUCAAAAAAAUGAUAAUAAAAGGGAGAAAAAUGAUGACUUAACGUUAAUUUUAA